AUGAGUUCGAGCACUGAUGACGUUCAUCAUAUGAUGGAAGAAAACUCCGCCAGUUUUCAUUCGAAACGAGGAAACAUGUCUCGAGGACCUCGUCAAACUGAACACCGUAUUAAAUCCAAAUGGCUGCAGCACAACUGGAAUCAACCGUCAUAUUCUGGAAUAAAAAGUAGCCAGCUAUACAAAUGGAUUACCAAAACAAUGCAAGAUUAUGCCAUUGCUUCAGGCAACCAGCGGGAAGAGGUUGAUGUCUCUGAUACAAAUGCAGGCGUUAUCUGCAAGCAGCCGAUUCAGUACCCAAGAGAUGAGAGCAUUCUACAAAUUGAAGUGUCCAGAGACCAAGAUUUUCUCAGA